AUGGGGGCCAGAACAUACGGGCGGAGUCGAAGAGGUCGCAAUUCCAAAAGAAGCUCCAGAUACAUGGCAAGAAGUCGAUCCAGAGAAUCAGGCGAUAAGAUACAAGUUAAAAAGGAAAUGGAGGCAUCGGUCUCUGUAGCAGCAGCAGAGGGCAAUGCAGCAGAUGCGGGAGGUCAAAAAGGGGAUGAUGAGGCUGAGGCAGACGAUGAUAUGAAGGAGGAUGGGGCGUCAGAAGACGAAGAAACAGGAAAUGUGCCGAAUAAAGAUGCGAAAAGUGAUAUUGAGGAAGAAGAAGGCACAGAAGAGGAAGGGAAACAGCAGCCGGCAAGCACAUUGAAGGCUGUUUUAGGAUUGUUGGACCUCGAGUAUGAUGAGAAGGUGGGGCUGCUUAAAGGCGAUGCGAUCUACAAAGUGCCGCGAAGAGAAAAACUAGAAAAAGUGGAAAGUAUGAUGGCAGAAUUAUUGAAGCAGAUCGAUGAGGGCGUGAAAAGGGACAAGCAGGUGUUGCAGCGAUACUGCAGUGCCGGGUUUGAGAGCCAGAUCAAGCAGCGGGAGAAGGAAAUCGAGCUGGAGGGGGAGGAUGAGCCAAGUGGUGUAAGGAUGCGCGGGUCCGAUGAGGAGAGACCGACACACACGAUCAUCAAAAUAAGCGGGGGUGAGACCGGCUCGGGUACAAUUCGGAUACAGCGACGUAAGGCGGAUGUGCUGGAGGAGGAUGAGGAGAGCGGAGCGGUGAAAGUGAAGCCGCAUCGUCGGAGAAGCAUAAUUGUUACUGCAAACGGCAAAAGGCGUGAGAUAACUCCGGCAAUAGCGGAGUCGGAUGAGUCAGACGAGGACGAUAUAAGCAUAGAAGGCGUGGCGGAGGCUCCGGCAGCUGUUCCGGGGGAAAACACGGCGGUGGAAGUGAAACUGGAGAAGGAAAAUGAGGAAAACGAGGAAAACGAGGCAGAAGAAGGAUUUUUGGCUUCUGCGUAUGCCUCAAAGCCGGCACCGGACUUUGACAUCAAGAAGCUGUUGAAGCCGACAUUGGAGCAGCUGGGGAUGUACGAUGAUGAGAAGGCAAGAGCUGAAUCAAGCACGGAAAGAGAAUACAUGAAGAAGAAACUAGCAGUGGCAGAUUACCCGGAAUCUGACCUUAAGAGCUACUUAGCAGGGGAAAUCCCAACAAAGGACCUGUCGGUGAAUCGGCCGACGAGCCAGGUGCCGUUCACAUCGUUCGAAAACUACGUGGAGCCGUUUUUUCGGAAUUUCACGGAGGAAGAUGUGAGUUUCCUGCGGCAAAGGGCCGUUUUGGGCAACCAUGUGAGUCGCGGGUACGAUUUCCGCAAGGAGCCCUUCUCGAUACCGGCAUUGGGUCCCGGAUACGCGGAAGUUUGGAAGGAGGAAGACCGGCUGGCUGCUGAAUCGGGCAAACCGGGGCUUGGCGAUGCCGAAUACGGAAAUGUGCGUGGCAGUACACACGUGCAUUUUGUGGAAAAGGCACGCAAGCUGUGCGAGAAACGCAUGCACACGCACAUGCAGCAGCUGACAGCUGCAGUGGGUGAUGCCGCAAAGCUCUCGAAUGCGUGCGUGGAAGGCGAGCAUGCAGUAUCAUGCGGGCCUUUGACUUCUAGAAUCCUCUCUGCAUUAGUUCCAGAAGAGUCCUUUUACCGAAAGCGGGAAAAUGUCGCCGGUGCCAACGACAGUUUCGACACCGAUGACGCAGACGAUUACCCGGAGGGCAGUGCUGCCCGGUUACCCGGAGAGGCGGAAGCUGGUGAUGAUGAGGAUGAGGAUGACGAGGGGGACGAGAGAGCGAAAAUCGACGCGUCGGCCAGGUCGAUCGUCGAUCUGCACAGCCCGGACUACAGCACGUUGGACACACGAUUGAAGCGGGAGCUCAAGUACAUCGGCGUUUACAUGAACGUGCAGCAGAUACUCGGGGACCCGGGCUUUGACCAGGACUGGUGCGAAAAAAAGGAGGAUGACGAAGUUUGCCGGGAAAUGAGGCAGUUGCAAAAGCAGUUGAAGGCGGUGCAGAGGCGGAAUAAUCACAAGAAGCGUGUUUUGGCACCGAUGGUCGAGGAGCAAAUUGCCUGGCAGGAGUAUAUGACCGUUCUCGAGGACUUAAAUAAGCAGGUCGAGCAGCAUUAUCGCCGCCGGCUCAACGUUAAUCCUCGAAAAAGCAGGAAAAGAGGUGGCCACCAUAAAGAGCGUGAAAACAUCGCCAAAGAUGAUCAAAGCACCAAUCACUUGGUGACCAGUGCCUCUUUCCAGGGUCUUUUAGCCAAGCGGGCCAAGUGGAUUCAGAAAAUUGGCCCGCUGUUCAGGUCGGAGCGUGAAAUGAGACACAUGCCUGAAGAAUCCAUCUUCAAAAAUCUUGCAAGUGACAAUGACGAAAAUGACGACAAUGAUGAACUUGAGGACGUCGAAGAUGACGUUGACGAGGAUGUUGAUGUUCUUGGGCGCCAUCAGGAUGAGGUCCAGGCCGAGAGCUUGGAGAUAGACAGUAAGGAUUAG